CCCAGAGUGAGAAAAUUCUCAUUCUUUAGUCCAAUACUACUACAUGAAGCCUCAAACAUCUGCUCCAAUAUCUCACUCCUGAAAAUUUCAAGCAUCAUCCCAGUCUCAGAGGCUCCAAAAUAUUCUCACCAAGCCUGAACAAAGUCUCAAUUAUGGAAACCCAAAAGCCACAAAUGCAACAAGCACACGAUUAUCAUCAAGAACACCCACCACACGCUCCAAACACUGAUAUUUUAUUGGAUCUAAGCCUCUCCAACAAGGAACCCAAUCACGGGUCGAAUCCGGAACUCAAUCUCAUCAACUGCUUUGUUUCAAACGCAUCAGGAAACUCUUCACAAGAGACUUCUAGUCCUAAAGGUACAACUGCUCAUGAUGCUGCUGAGCCGAGGGUUUUCUCCUGCAAUUAUUGCCAGAGGAAAUUUUACAGCUCACAAGCACUUGGAGGGCACCAAAAUGCUCAUAAGAGAGAGAGAACACUAGCCAAGAAAGGACACAAGAGUAAUUGUACUGCAGCCUCAUCAGAUGCCUUAGUUAGGCUUCCAAGCUUACUCUCACACAGAUUCUCUAGCAUGGCCUCUCUCCCUCUGCAUGGCUCUUUCAACAGGUCACUUGGUGUUCAAGUGCAUUCUACAAUUCACAAGCCUUGUUACCAACUAUCAAACACCUUCGGUUCCACAAAUACUAGUCUUUAUGGAGGGCAUAAUAGUAAUAGUAAUGGAUGCCUGAGAAAGUCUCUUGAUCAACAACCUGCAAUUGGGCGGCUUGUUGUACCACAGAACAAUGUUUUUCAUGUGCAGGCGGGAGUUGGAUCGUCAUCAUCAUCGUCGAGUGGUGGCGUUGGAAGGUUUGUGAAUAGUACUAGUGUUCGGAAGUUUUCUCCGGUGACCGAAGGAAUUGGAGGGUUGUGGUGGAAUAGCAGUGUUGGCCAUUUCAAGACUAAGCAAGAUGAGUUGCAGAAUCUUGACUUGUCCCUCAAGCUCUAAGCACUUUCCCAAUUACUUUUCUUUCUUCUUUUUUUUUUCUUUUCAUUUUCAAAUUUAACUGAUCUAUAGGCUCUCUCUCUCUCUCUCUCUCUCUGGAAUUUCAUGUAUGCGUUGUAACUUUUGUACAUUCAUUUUGGCUAUAGUUGUUGACAUAA